GCGGCGGGGGAGCCGCCCCGAGCCGGCGACUGCUCGCCCCGCGAGGUUGGGACAUGCGCCGCGGCGCUGCCGCCCGGGGUUAGUCACGGCGGGGCGCCGGCCCCGACUUCCCACCCAGGCGAGCGCGGCGGCAGCAAUCACCACUGUCUCUGGAGUACGGACCGAGAGCGGCCGCCUGCCUCCCGCCCCUCGCUCUCUCCCUGCUUCCCUUCCCCUCUCCCGGGUGCGUGAGGAGAGAUAACAAUGGUGGGGCGCAGCCGCCGGGCCCCCGCCCUCGCCUAGUGGAAGCGAGUGCCCCGCGGCCGCUGCUCCACCGCCCCGCCCUGCGGCGGCCCCGGGCCGCGGACCGCGUUGCUGCCGGCGGCGGUGCCGGGAGGCGAUGGUGCCUGCGCCGGGGUUAGUCUGAUCGCCGCUCCCCGCCUCGCCGCCUCCGGUGCCGGCGGCGCUCCCACGGGGCCAGCGCCCGCCGCCUCCCCGGCCGCCGCGCUCGCUCGGGCUUGUGGCCGCCUGACACAACUUGGGAGCUUCUCCAGAAAAACAAGAAUAAUUAGUGAUAAUCAUUUAUAACAAGGCGGAGAAGCGGAAGAAGCGAGUGGAUAAUGUCAACCCCGAGCAGAUUCAAAAAGGACAAAGAGAUUAUAGCGGAGUAUGAAAGUCAAGUGAAAGAGAUCCGAGCUCAACUCGUUGAGCAACAGAAAUGCCUGGAGCAGCAGACUGAAAUGAGAGUGCAGCUUCUUCAGGAUCUGCAGGAUUUCUUCCGCAAGAAGUCGGAAAUAGAGAUGGAGUAUUCCCGAAACCUGGAAAAACUGGCAGAGAGGUUCAUGGCAAAAACAAGAAGUACAAAGGAUCAUCAGCAGUACAAGAAAGACCAGAACCUCUUGUCACCAGUGAAUUGCUGGUACUUACUCCUGAACCAAGUGAGAAGAGAAAGCAAAGACCAUGCAACAUUGAGUGAUAUCUACCUGAACAAUGUGAUCAUGCGAUUCAUGCAGAUAAGUGAAGACUCCACUAGAAUGUUCAAGAAGAGUAAAGAGAUUUCAUUUCAGCUUCAUGAAGACUUAAUGAAAGUACUUAACGAGCUUUACACAGUCAUGAAAACAUACCACAUGUAUCAUGCAGAGAGCAUCAGUGCAGAAAGCAAACUGAAGGAGGCAGAGAAGCAAGAAGAAAAACAGAUUGGGAGGUCAGGAGACCCUGUUUUUCAUAUUCGACUAGAAGAAAGGCACCAGAGACGGAGCUCUGUGAAAAAGAUUGAAAAAAUGAAGGAAAAACGUCAAGCAAAAUAUUCUGAAAACAAGCUGAAAUCCAUUAAGGCCCGUAAUGAAUACCUGCUCACCCUUGAAGCAACUAAUGCUUCUGUUUUCAAGUAUUAUAUUCACGACCUUUCGGAUUUAAUCGAUUGUUGUGAUCUUGGAUACCAUGCUAGUCUCAACAGAGCCCUAAGAACAUACCUUUCUGCAGAGUAUAACCUUGAAACUUCCAGGCAUGAGGGAUUAGACAUCAUUGAAAAUGCAGUUGACAGCCUGGAGCCACGCAGUGACAAGCAGAGAUUCAUGGAAAUGUACCCCACUGCUUUUUGUCCACCAAUGAAAUUUGAGUUCCAAUCUCAUAUGGGUGAUGAGGUUUGCCAGGUCACUGCCCAGCAACCUGUGCAAGCAGAGCUUAUGCUUAGGUAUCAACAACUACAGUCACGAUUGGCUACGCUCAAAAUUGAAAAUGAGGAGGUUAAGAAAACAACAGAGGCUACCCUGCAGACAAUACAAGAUAUGGUCACCAUUGAAGAUUAUGAUGUGUCAGAGUGUUUCCAGCACAGUCGCUCAACAGAGUCUGUGAAGUCAACAGUCUCUGAGACAUACUUGAGUAAGCCUAGCAUUGCAAAAAGAAGAGCUAACCAGCAGGAAACAGAGCAAUUCUAUUUCAUGAAAUUCAGAGAAUAUCUGGAAGGUAGCAACCUCAUCACAAAACUUCAAGCGAAACAUGACUUGCUGCAGAGGACACUUGGAGAAGGUCACAGGGCUGAAUACAUGACAACAAGGCCUCCAAAUCUUCCCCCUAAGCCCCAGAAACACAGGAAGCCCAGGCCCCGAUCACAGUAUAGUGCUAAGUUGUUUAAUGGUGAUUUGGAGUCAUUCAUCAAGGAUUCAGGGCAAGUCAUUCCUCUUAUUGUGGAAAGCUGUAUCAGAUUUAUAAAUUUAUAUGGUCUUCAGCAUCAGGGAAUUUUUAGAGUGUCUGGUUCCCAGGUGGAAGUCAAUGAUAUUAAAAAUUCAUUUGAGAGAGGUGAAAAUCCUUUGGCAGAUGACCAAAGUAACCAUGACAUUAACUCAGUUGCUGGAGUACUGAAGCUCUAUUUCCGAGGGCUGGAAAAUCCUGUCUUUCCUAAGGAAAGAUUUAAUGAUCUUAUUUCUUGUAUCAGAAUAGACAAUCUCUAUGAGAGGGCUCUUCACAUCCGCAAACUCCUCCUUACUUUGCCCAGGUCGGUCCUUAUAGUGAUGAGAUACCUCUUCGCCUUCCUCAAUCACCUUUCACAGUACAGUGAUGAAAACAUGAUGGAUCCGUACAACUUGGCCAUUUGUUUUGGGCCAACCCUGAUGCCUGUUCCAGACAUACAAGACCAGGUGUCUUGUCAGGCACAUGUGAAUGAGAUAAUCAAAACCAUCAUCAUCCAUCAUGAGGCUAUUUUUCCAGAUGUGAAAGAACUUGAUGGACCAGUGUAUGAAAAAUGCAUGGCUGGAGAUGACUAUUGUGACAGCCCAUACAGUGAACAUGGUACAUUAGAGGAGGUGGACCAGGAUGCCAGCACAGAGCCCCACACCAGUGAAGAUGACAGUAUAGCUAUACUUUAGAAGAACUCCUUCUUCCAUUGGAGGUAUGAAGCAAGAGUGGAAGCUGAGGAAGUCUGCCUGUCUCUCAUUUAGAACACAAGUGAAUUGUAGAUGACACGCCAGUUCAAUAUAUUGGGGCCAACUUCAGGGUUCCAUUACCAAACUGAGAGACAAAGGCAUGAGUGGACAUGGAGAAGAAGUGCAGCUUUUCAGCAAUCAUCAAAAGCACUUACUUCAAAGCCAUGACUAGGAAAGAUGAAAACACCAGCAGGAUCCAGAGGAGCAGGACUGUGGCAUCGCACGAUGCAUCAUUUGUGCCUCGAUCAUCAUGGGCUUUAUCCCACCACUUCGCUGUUACACCAGUUUUACAUUUCUGUCUAGUAUUACUUGUGUUAUGACUGUGUCACUUGGGAAGACAAACCUUGAAGAGAAUACUUGUCAACAGGACAAAGUUCUGUUAAAGGAUUUAACUGCUCAAGAUGUGUUUUUGUUCAUCAGAUCACCCAGUAGUUUAAUUCUAGUUGCUUUGUCACACCUUUUAAUUAAUUCAGUGCCAAAAGAAAGCAGACAUUUGUGUUUACAGAGAAAUAAUUGUUAGCGCAAAAAUAUUUGUAAGCUAGGUAAAUACUGCUGCAAAAUUGAGGAUUAUUAAGCCAGGAUUGCAUACAAAACCUUUUGGUCUUCAAUUUCCAACCUGCAAGGUCUAAACCAUUUUUUUCCCAUUAAUAUGGCUUUCUGUUGUAAUAGCACAUUUUUCUAAUGUAGGUUACAGACUAAAUUAAAUGCACUCACUCUCUCUUUGCACACACAUUCAUGUGUUUGUUCUCUGGUCAAUUCCUUUUAAAAAACAUUAUUUACACCAGAUACAAAGUGAAAAAUUUUCAGUGUGCUUAUUGAACUCUAUGAGAGUCACUGAUUGACACAUGGUGGAUUUUAAAAACCUUCUAUUAAAGGGUCUGGAGUAUUUUGGGGGUUUAAUGUGAUUGAUUCAUUGAUUGUAAGCUGGAUGCAUCACCGCCAGCUGCAUGUGGAGAGAGAGAAAGGGAGGUACUGCUUUGCUGCUGUAUUGAUUGGACACAUGGUACUUACAUGGUUCCCUUUGUUAGGACAUGGAAGAAGCAGAUUUUGUAAAUGCUAAGGGUUUUUUCUCAUGUUGGAAAUCUGAUUAGUUUUAUGCUAAAAUGUUGUAUACAUACAUAAGACUGAACAGCCUACCCCACAGGAAUUACAGGGUCAGUGAAAUAUAAUCCAGAGGUUAUGAUCAAAACCAGAAGGAUUUAUUUUACUUGCUGUUGCUAUAAAGUUAAACUGCAAGUGGCUCUCUCUGUGCCUACCAGAAAAACGCCAUCUGUAGGAACUGUGUCAGUAGUGCUAGAAAUUUUCAUUACAAUUCAGAAAACAACAAAACUUUAAAAACUGAGCAUUAAAUUAUGUCUGCAGAAGUAAAAUGAAGUAGACUGGGGGGAAGAAAGACUAGCACAUCUAAAUAAUUGUUUUGGGAUUUUUCCCCUAAGUUUACUGGUAUUUCAGUUUAUCACUGGAAAGGGAAGCAGGAAAGAAAAGGAACUGCAUUUUAAUGUGGUGUUUUCCGGCUUUUUUAGAUGUGCAGAAAGUAUACUGAUGAGGAAAACAUAUAAGUUUUUCCUUUCUCCUAAAUCUGGAAAUGAAAUUUAAUUUUUGAAGUUCAGAACAUUUGUACUCAAGAUGAGAGGCAAAAAAAUUCUGUAAUUUUGUUGCAGACAAACCUUUACCUGAAAAUGUCUCUUCAGUAAGGAUUCAAAGGACAUUGUUCAUGUUUUACUGAAACAGCUGUUAGCAUAUUUCCUUUACCUUCAAAUCAAUGGAGAUUCUUUAUUCUUGUUGUAGUCAUAUAGUAAAGAGUGACAAGUCUGCAAAGGAAGUAAACAUUUCCUGAGGAAGUUAGGCAGAUGGAGUUUUCCUAGGAAAACAUACCUAAAAUUAAUACCAUACUCUUCACAGAUAUCUCGUAAACUUAGGAUAAAACUUCAGAUGGUAUUUCUGCUGAAAACAAAAUUUACAGGGCCGUGUUAAACUGUAAGUUGUUGUUGUGUUCCCAACACAUAAUCAUUUCCUUUCUCUUCAGUAGUGCAUGCUGUGAUUGACACUUUGUCAAACUCUGUUUUGUCAACACCUUGCAACACUUCUUUGCUUUUGCUCUUCCCAGUCAGACUACUGCUGUUCUGAGGACAGGACUUUGAAAUUACAAAACCACUCUAUUCUUUGAUGGGAUGCAGAAGAAGAUACAGAAAUAGGGAGAUAGCAUCUUCCUGGGGAGCUCAAGGACAUAAUUUAUUCCAAACAGACAGGGUACACCUGGGAAAACUGAGGAAAUACAGAGCAGAGGGACAGCAACUCUCCUAGAAAAAGUGCAGGGGAUGGUGUCCCCUCCUUUCCUUAAUUCCUUGUGCCCUGAGGCAUAGAGGGCAGCCCAGGGCCAGUUCAGUGCCAUCACCUCUAUAGGGAGGUUAGGUCUACAUCUGACACUCUAAUCCCAAAACCAAAACUAACACUUGCAUUUCUUUUGCCCUUUCUGCUCUCCCAAGCAGCAGAAGUUUUUCCCACAGUUCUUCAGUUUGUCCUAAUUUUUCACUUCCAUAGCAUUGCCUGAUUCACUAGAGAUGAUAGCUGGUGAGAUCCUCUACGUCGUCAAAUACUUCUUGCUAUUUUAGGUGAAUGCCCGCAGGUGUGGACAGAGCAGUGCAAUUACACUUCCCUCCAAACUGUCAAUUUUACUGUUAAAUAUUCAGUAUCACACAGAAUUUGAGUUACACAUCCCAAAUUUAGCUUUCAUUACCUUAGUUUUCUGGAAAUACUCAUCUGUCAUUCAGUAACCUUGAUAUUAAAUGGCUUAACUUUCCAAAAUGCAUUUAUGUCUAGGAGUAACUGUCAUUGUACUUUGGUUUUCACUAUUAAAGCGUGACCUGUAACAAGAUGAAUUAUUAUUUAAGUACAGUCUUAGUACUGUUUGCUGUAGGAAAAUUAUCUCUGUGUAUUGGGAAAUGAAAACACCCCUUUCACAGUAGGAAAACCUGUCUGAACUCAUUUUUUGUCCUCUUCAUGAAAUCUGUGUGAAAUCUACUGGGCACUCCUCCCUGAGGAGGUGGAAUUUGUUACCCAGGCAAUCUGAUGUACAUGUCUCAAAAGUCACAUCCAUUAUGGGUUCAUUAACAAUUCAUACAGCUGGUUCCAGUGGGACAACAUCAUUCAGACCUCUGAGAAAGUACAUGAGUUUUGCAGGUGGUAGAAGGACACAAUAAACAGGAUUACCAUUGCACACCACACUUAGAUGAGCAUAAUUCCACUGAGCAAGACAGAGCUAUUUCUAGUUUAGUCCACUAAUUUGUAAAUAACAAUACCUGUAUACUCAGUUGUGGGAUACUGUAUGGUCUGUUGAAGUUAGCAGAGAAACAGGGAAUUCCAUAGCUAAAGAGUGUAGGGGUUUGUCCAUCAAUCUAGUACUCAUGCGCGUUACCAGUUAACUGUGGAGAGUGUCUAAGGAAAAUAUGUGAAGGAAAUUUGAGAUUCAUGACUUACUGUAAAACUCUUUUGUUUGGUUGACUGCUUUGGUUUUUUUACAUUUUAAAGUAUUUGCCUGUUAGUGACUGACUGGCUCUCCAAAGCCUGAGAGGUUUUAUUUCUGAAUUCUUGACCAACUCUACCAUAACCCAUAAAUUAGCUGUAAUCUGAGAACAGUGUGUUCAUACAAGUGUCUGUUCCUUUUCAAUCCUACCCAAUUCCAGUUAUUUCCUUCUUAAAACAAAUGCCACAAGCAAGGUACAUGAUAGAAGAGGAACUGUGUUCUUUUGUCAGUGUUACAUUAUUGCCAUUUCAUAUUACCUUUUCAUAUAUAAACAGGCAUGUUUGGUUUUAUGUCUUUUCUUUUUCUUAAAGCCUUACAGUUGCUUUGUGGCAUCUGCAUUUUUUGUUAGACUGUAGGAAUGACGACAGGGUAGCAUAUUACCAUAACCACCAUUAGAGGUUUCCCAGUUUUCCAGAAUGUUUCUUUCUAUGUCAACUUCAUAUUUCCUUUGCUUAAUAACAUAAAACCGAGAACCCAUUCAGCCCUGCCCACCAGGAAAUGCUGGUGAGCGAGACAUUCGUAGGGGCCAUGAUGUUUGUUACAAAUUCUCAUCCGUCAGGCUGAACAAAGACAUUGGACAUGUAUCAGGGUACUCUUACGUUUUAUUGUACAGUCACCUUAACAGAAUCACAGAAUCACUAGGUUGAAAGAGAUCAACUUCAAGAUCAUCGAGUCCAACUGAUAUUGGCUAACACACCCUUAGAUUUCUUACAACAGACUUCCACAAGAGUGGAGGUGAACAAGCCCUUAGUUUUGUACAGUACACUUCAGCAAGUUCUCAACUCCCACAACACAACCAAAGGUGCUGACUCACAAGUCACAGUACACUUGAUAUUCAAAGGUGCUGGCUCACAAGCUCUUCCCUUCCACAACAAACUUGAAAGCAGAGUAUAGGGUGGAAUAUGAUAGUUGUGAUUUGCCCAGGCAAGGCAAGAAAACAAGAAAUAACACCAGUGAUUAGAUCCCGCAUUGUUGCUGCCGUGUCAGUGGUCCAGAGCAGGGGCUGCUAGACAAGGAAAGCAAAAGGGAGAAAGAGAGAAAAAAGACAAAGAACAAAAAAGAUAAUACAGUCCUCUAUAGCCAUCCAGUAGGGAUGAAUUUUCAGGAAAGAAUACUGUUAUUGCUAGGUUCUUAUUUGUAUUUAUAUAAUAAAGUAAUUCCUGCCACCAUACAUUACUUUUAUGUUUCUAACAGUGAAUUCCACAUAUCACUGUAUUCCAUCUCUGUAAAGUUUCUGAGUUAGAGUUAGUAACUUCUAAACACUGCAGUUUGUCACUGACAGGAACGCUUAAUGCGACUGCAGAAGCAGCAAACCAAAAGACAGUCUUCUGCAGGCUGGGCAAGUUAUUAAAAAAA